AAUCUAGCCGGAAGUUGAAACAUUGAAGGCUGCGAUAGUGUUAUUUGUACUUCGUGUGACAUACGUUUUAGUUAUAUGCGUAUGCCCCAUAGACAACCCCACCCAAUUAAACAAAACGUAAUAAUUAGUCACAGUCUUCAAUAAAUCUACGUACGCUUCUGUCAAAAGCUUUUUAUGCUUUGGGUGGGGAGUGUUUUACUUGAGCCAGUGCCCUGCUUCUCUACUACGUCACACAUUGACACAUGCGCACUGCCAACGCAGCGAAAGUCCUUUUUUGCCUAGUGUUGAACAACUAGCAUCAAACCAGCAUAAAGAUGCAGCUCUUUUUGCGUGCCCAGAACACUCACACCCUUGAGGUGACAGGCCAGGAGACCGUCAGAGAUCUUAAGGUCCAUGUCCAGACUCUGGAGGGUCUCCUAGUGGAGGACCAGGUGCUGUUGCUGGGCGGCUCCCCACUGGAGGAUGCUUCCUCUCUGAUGGACUGUGGUAUCUCCGAGCACUGCACCCUGGAGGUGGCCGGUAGACUGCUGGGAGGAAAGGUCCACGGCUCCCUGGCUCGUGCCGGUAAAGUGAGGGGACAGACACCCAAGGUUGACAAACAGGAGAAGAAGAAGAAGAAGACUGGUCGUGCUAAGCGUCGCAUCCAGUACAAUAGACGCUUUGUCAACGUUGUGCCCACCUUCGGCAAGAAGAAGGGCCCCAACGCCAACUCCUAAGAACCCUGUUCCUCCUCAGGAGAAUGCUUGACAUUACACCCCUUUCAUAUCCCCUCCCUGAAAGGUUUUCCUCCUGUACAGAAUAAAGAUUUGGCUUGGACUG